GUUAGAGAACAGGUGCUGUUAAAGACAGAAUAUGAGCGCAGCGCAAACAAAUGUGAAAUAGAAACAAUGCAAACUUCUGGUUCUGCAUUAUACAAGUGAAGAAACGGUACGGUACCACGGACAAAGUGCCUUUUUCAGUGGGUCGUCGUCGUUGCUGCCUCUUUUUUUUGUUCUCGGUGUGUGGUGGUGUGUGUUUGGCUGUGCAUCGUUCUUGCAUUUUCAUCGGGGUCUACAAAAACAAAAACAACAGACAAACCCUUUGGCUGUCUGGAAAUUCGAUAUACAUAACUUGGAAUCAGAACGGCCAGACAAGGGCGUUGUCGUCGUCAUCUUGGUAUCAGCAGCGGGACAGGGACGCCACUGUAAUCGUUCAAUGACAGCAGCCGCAGCAGUUUCUGCUGCUGCCUUCGCCGCUGCAGCAGCGCGCAGUUAACGCCGAAGCAGAGGGUCCAGCGGAGUAAAGAGAGCAGAGACUGUGUCGUGGUCUUUUGAUCGUGGCCAAGCAGCGGCCAUCGAUAAACCAAAAAGGCCAAAGGGAAAAGCGAACAAAAGAGAAAUUAGAAAGCUUAAGUGCUGAAGCCUCAACCAAAGAAGAGGAUAUCAAGAAGAAGGCACCCACCCAUUCGGCAGCAGAAAAAAUGGUGAAAACCUUUCAGGCCUAUCUACCGUCCACCAAUCGGACCUACUCAUGUGUUCACUGCCGCGCCCACCUCGCCUCCCACGACGAACUCAUUUCGAAGUCGUUCCAGGGCAGCCAGGGCCCGGCCUACCUCUUCAACUCGGUGGUGAACGUGGCCUGUGGCCAGACGGAGGAGCGGGUCCUGCUUACGGGACUCCACGCCGUGGCCGACAUAUACUGCGAGUGUUGCAAGACGCCGCUAGGCUGGAAGUAUGAGCACGCCUACGAGUCCAGCCAGAAGUACAAGGAGGGGAAGUUCAUUAUCGAGCUGGCGCACAUGAUCAAGGAGAACGGCUGGGACUGAACGUGUGCAAGGCGGAUUGGCGGAUGUAAGGCAGCCGUCGGCAUGGGUUAAAGCAGCAAAAUGGCCGAAACAGCAGCAUCAGCAGCAGCAACAACAACAGAGGAAACACACACAGCGUGGACAACGAGUGGAAGGCGUUGGAAGAAGUGCGAGUGCGAGCGUGAGCGGAAUGGCUGUUGCACUCCCUUAAGUGCAAUGCGAAUGCAAUAUGCGAGAGGAAUGGAUUGGGUUGAUGUUUUGAAGCGUCGAUUAACAGAGGGGACGAGAAAGAAAUCAAGAACGAGAACGAGAAGGAUAUGAUCAGGCAGUGGUGUGGGGUCAAGGGUAAGGGCAAGGCAGCCGGCGGUCGAGAGAGUAAAUUCGAUCCACAAGUGAGAGUUAUAUGGUACCAGAAUACAUAUAUACUAUGUGUAUGCUAUUAGUGCACAAAUAGUCGUAUCUAAUACAAACAUAACACAACCCACCCACAUAAACACACACACUCAUGCCGAUACGUACAUAUACAUAUGUGCACAUAGACGCAUAUUAACAUAUUUAUUCAUGCAAAUAGAAAAUGUUUGAGUGGCCGUAGGGACGAUCUCUGCGCCGGCCGCAGUGAGCCUGCUUGGAGCUGGUGCGCCGUCUACAUACAUAUGUUUAUACAUGCAUGUAUGUAUGUAAUUUUACGUCAAACUUCUGAGCAUUUUCAUAAUUUCAUCUCGCCCUUUUUUUCACGUUGUUUUCAUUUCCCCUUAUUUAUAUUUCAAUUAAUUGAUCGGGUUUUUGGAUGACACUAAUCUAAUGAAGAUGCUGAUUAAAUUACGUUUAAUUUAUGUUCACUCUGAGUUGAAUACAUUUUUGUAUGAACGGAGAACGUUUAUUAACGGCAAGCCCGACGCGAGAAAACAACACACACAUACACACAAAAACUUGCACUGCCAACAAACAGGAGAAAUGUUUAGCAAUAAAUUAAAAAUACCGCGAGACAAAAAUGGAUCAUUAGAACACAAGGCAUGCAAAAACAAAAAUCGGGAAUCAGAAUUAAAUAUACACAAAUCUACACAUACAUACCCAUACAUGCAUUAUCAGGCAGGCACACACAUUUUCAACAUGAAUAUGUAUUAGGUAUUUAAAAAUGUAAUUUAAAUGAACUAUUUAAUGAAAUUUACCAUGAAAGAAAUGUGAGAUAAACAUGAACUGAAAAUUGCAAAUGCCCAAAGCUGAAAACAGCAAAGGAGUAACGCACGUAUGAGAGAGGUCGAGGUUGGGGUCCCACAAAAAUGGUCUGAAUGGUGCGAAUCAAAACUGCUCCCAGUGGAAUGUAUUGUAAUGCAAUGACGUGUGGAUUCCAUAUUCACGCGAUCGAAGAGAAUGGGCGGGAUGUGAAUGAAAUUAAAUAAAAUACAAGGCGUAACAGUAAUACAAAUUCAAUAUAAAUAUUUAUUUAUGUACAUACAUACAUAUAUGAGGAAACUGCGUAUUUGUGUCGCAAAAAUUGUAUAAUUAUCGAGGAGAAACGAGAAAACGGAAGAAAUAAUGGAGGAAAUAUUUUUAAUGGAAGCAAAUUAUGAUAUAAUGUAUGCAAAAAUAACUGCCAAGAACUAUUCAAGUUAAAAGAUGUUCUCUAAGUAGUUAUAUAAAUGUAUAUGAGAAUCAUAUUUUUGGUAGCGUUAAAAUACCUUAAAAGUAAACGGAAAACCACAAAAUAUAAAAAAAGUUCAAUAAAAAACAAAACAAAAUCAAAUUUUUUUUUAAAGAAAGCUUAUAUAUAUCAUGAAACAUGACAAAUUAUAAAAAUGGCAGAACCCGUUUUUGUAUUUAUUUUUUUGGUUUAAAAUGACAUUGUUAAUACAUUGCAAUGGUCUAUUUACUCAUAUUUAUCAAACUUUAGCCCUAAUUUUAAAAAAGCUUUAAGCUUUGUUUUACUGUACUCCCUGCAUGUGAUGCACCAUGAAUAGAACACAAAUUUUGAGCGGAAUUCAUAAAACUGAUGUCAGUAUUUACAUAUACAUGUACAUUUAUACAUACAUACCAUAUGCAUACAUACAUACUACAAUCGUACAUACAUACAUACAUGCAUACAAAUAAAACGAGACCACCUUUACAUCAAAAAAUUAAAUAUGUAUGUAAGUGCAUCCAGCUACAUUAACUGAAGCCAGGUUGGAGGAUGAUCAGCUGUGCUAAAACUGCACGAAAGUUAUGAGAUUGUUUAACUA